UGACUAUUAUAUAUUCUGUGUAACUCAGGUCCCGGUCAAUAGUGUAAUUUGGUGUAAUUUUGGUGUAAACUGUAAAUACAACUGAUAACAUAAUUUAUUACGUUACUGUUUAUUUCCAUAAGUAAUCAUAUUUAUCUGUUUCAAUAACUAAUUAAAAAAUUCUUCCCUAUAUAUUUGAGUUAAGCAUAAUAAGUUUAAUAUUAUAAAAACAACGGCAUAUUUUCUAUUCGUGAGGCCAUAAUUAAUGUGUGUAGAUGAAAAUGUCUGUAGAUGGUAAAAAACUAACCCACAAGAGACAUGUAAUUUCAUUGGAACAGAAAAUUAAAAUAUUAGAUCGCUUAAAAAAAGGUGAAAAAACAGCUGACGUUGCUAAAUCUUUAGGGUUCAAUGAAGCUACAGUUCGCACCAUUUUAAGAAACGAACAGAAAAUACGAGCAUCGGUUACUUCGGGCUCCGCACUUUCUGCAAACAUGAGGGCUCGUUCUAGGGCACCAAUAAUAGAAAAAAUGGAAAAAACUCUUAAUAUUUGGAUUCAAGACUGUACAAGAAAACGAACUCACAUAGAUUCUUUCAUUAUCAAGCAAAGGGCUUUAAAAAUUUAUAAUUUUUUAAAAGAAAAUGAAGAACCACACUCUGAUGCAAACUUUGUCGCUAGCAGGGGCUGGUUUGAACGUUUUAGAAAAAGAUUUUCUUUGCAUAAUAUUUUAAUAGAUGGAAAGAAUGGCUUCGCUGUUCACGACAACCUUAAGGCAUAUCCGAAGGAAUUGCAAAAAAUAUUAAACAGAGUAGACUUACACAUCGACAUAAUUAAUAAAAAUGGUUUCAAAACUAAAGUUAGGUAAAAUUUAAUAAUUAAAUGGAAGUUUAAACUGAAAGUAAGUAAUAAAAUAAACUAUCUCACUAACCACCUAACCUAACUUGUGAUAUAAAGAAGUGUAUCAUUUCUGAUGUGAAAGCUAAAUGUGGAGUUCAAUAUAAAAUGUUAAAAUAAAGGAUAUGUUAUAUGUGGAUAUGUGCAUGUGAAAUUUAAAUCAAAUAAAUUUUUUUAAAGUA